CGCAUUAUAAAUACAGAGUGAGCACAGAAGCCAGACACAGAUCAUUUUGCCUUCUGCAUCAGGGAAAGACUUGAUCCUACACUUAACCUUAGAAAAUGAGUGAACAAAGCCAACAGGCCCAGAAGAAGCCCGAGGUUCCCCCGGCGCAAUGUCCAUCUGACCCCGAAUCAGACGGAGAGGGAGGAUGCAACAAGGGCAAGGGGAAGAAGGGAGGACAAGGACAAGGACAAGGACAAGGACAAGGACAAGGACAAGGCAGAGGCCCCUGCGACACGGGAAAGGAACAUGGCAAGGGACAUGGACAACAGGGGCAGGGACAAGGACAAGGCAAAUGAGAGAAGAACAUGCCCGUGGUCCCAAAUGAAACAUGUAAUGAUAUUCUGCAAGAAUGAUUCUUAAGAAUUGAUUACAUCUCUAAUAAACUACAUUAAAAUUCAA